UAAGCUGCCAUGCGGAUGCCAUGCUGCAAUUACCUAAUCGGAGCGUCAGAGCAAUGACACCGCCACUAGACGGCAACUGUGCCGAAACUGGCGCUGCUGUUGCUGCUCCUGCAAUCCAAACACAGUUGACUGAAGGUGCACAAACUUCGGCACAGUCCAGUGAGCCGUCGGCGGUGGCUGCCACUCCAGAAAUGUCCCUAGCAGAGAGCGAAGAAGAGGUCGACGAGAUGGUCGAAGCGCUGGAAGAUUUGAUCCUGGAGGCUUAUAACAACAUGCAGAUUGACGGAGAGUACAUUUUCCUGCCGGACGAAGUAGCUGAGAAGCUCCAUCGAGUUGCUGAGCAGAUGGAGCCCCAAGAGAGUGGAGAGGAGGAGCAAACGGAGAACAACACAAGUGCUGGAGAGGAUAGCAGCAGUGGAGAUGCUACUGCUAGGAAGGCUGAAGAUGCGGAGGAAAAGGUGCCGCAGCUUAAAGCCACAACAGAUCGACCAGAACCCGAACAGGAAAAGGAACAGGAGAGUGAGAACAAACCAGAGCAGGAAAUGGAAAAGGUUGGUGUACAGGAACAGCACACAGGUGAGGAAGAGGAGACAAGAUUGCGCAAGGUGCAAGCGCUCCAGGCAGAGGCAGCGAAAGUGCGCGAAGAGAAGCACAAGCGCCAGAUUCCUAGAGUGGAGUCAUCGGAGAAUAUCUUUACGGAGCUCGCUCCCGUGCCGGAGAUUGAUGAAAGUGCCUCGAGCGGACCGCCAUCGCCUUCACCACCGCAUUCUCGCUCGCAUAGUGGUGCCAAUACGCCAAAACCGAGGGCGAAUGCUCCAGCUAGCGGAAUCGGGCACUUUCCUCCACCACCUCUUAUUUCUUUGAGCUCCACACCGAGCAGUGUUGCUGCAAGUCCAGAUCAAACAGGAAAAUCUCCAGCGUCCAUAACACCAGACCAGUCAGGCGGUAGCAAACGUAAGGGUAAGGUCCUUACUUACGAAAAGAGGAGGGAGGCCGCGCUCAAGCUGAAAGAAGAUAAAAAGAAGCGUGAGCUACGUAUCCGUGAGUCUGCUCGUAAACAGCGUGAGAAUGCCAAACGACAGCUGGAGGAAGUGCACCAGCGAGAGAUGGAGGAAAAACGUGAGCGUGUUCGCCGAAUCCGAGAGGAGAGGCUUCAUCGUCGUACAGGGAAACCAGCCACUACUAAAGGGACAAAAAAGGAGGGAUAGUGAGGGAGUUUAUAGGAAUGUACACUGCUCGUUAAGUGGCAAUCUGAGUCUUGUGGGUCAAAUAACACUAGCCAACUACAUCUUUAAUCAUCUCCAGGUU